AUGCUUUUUGCGCUAAUAAUUUUUUACACAAAUUAUGCCCAAUCGUUCAAAUCACGCAUAAACUAUUAUGAUAUUAAUCGAGAUUCCCGGCCACUAAAUGCAUUGGCACGCAACGGCGUAUGCGUCCCUAAGGAUGUGGGCCUGUAUGGCAAUUUAAAAGCAGUAUACCACUGCGUUUACACCAGAGAUGGUGAAACUAAAACAGGUGAGGAAUGGGAAACUCACUUGCUAAAAACUAAACCCUGCGUUGAUAUCGUAGAUAUCCCAGGGAAACCGUAUAAGAGAAUUGUAUUUGGUCCGCCAAUAGACACUAACGAAAUGAUUCUAAGGGGAGGGACCCCGUAUUUAACCCUAAACUUAUGGGUUCCUGGGAUUAAAGCCGACGAUAUAAAAGUAAUCAUUGAUUAUUCAUUGGACUCGGCUCCUGCCAUAACUAAAUUUAAAUCAUUAACUAAUCCAAUCAGUUGUGAAAUGUUGUGCGACAAGCAAGACCAAGAAUAUUACCAAUGUGCAAGUGAAAUAGAUUUGGACACGCCUGAGACUGAAAACACCAGCAAUUCCAACGAAAGUGUGGAGAUAUUUGACGAAUACGAUGGAUCUUACAACCAGAUAAAUGAAAAAAGUAACAAAUUUAAUUACAAAUGUGGCAACGAAUCAAAGGUGAAACCACCUCUAAUAACGAUUAAUUGCCCCAAAAAUACCAUCGUUUUACAGUGGGAAAGCACAAUUUUUCGUUCCAGGAAGAGUGAUAAAAGCAAAGUCAAAAACACUCGAAUUCAACGGUCUUAUCGCCCUUUUACACACAUAGAUCUCAUGAAUAUCAUGUGCAAUUAUACAAAUUGUACUUUACAAUUUCACGCACCAUUAACUCAUAUCCCUCCGCCGCCAUCUCAUCGCAAAACACAACUUUUAAAAGUCUCCAAGGAUUUGCCGCUACUGCCCAUUAGAGGUCACGCCUUAGAACAAGUCCAUGGCUGGAUAUACAAUUGGAAGAAGUUUGGCAACAAAUAUACCAAAAAAAUAAUGGAUGAGACCUACAAUACAAAUGAACCAAUAACACCAGAUUUUGGAGACGAACUCAGCAAACGCGAAUUAUAUAAGUUUAUCAAGUCUGUGGACGAGGACAAUUAA